AUCAUUUUCAUCUUUUAAUUCAGAAUAAAGGUUUAAACCAUAGGUAGAUAGUGUAAAUCAUAGGAGAGUCUAUUAUUUAAUUAUAUUCAAUCUAUAUAAACUAAUAAUUAUCUUACCAUGAGCAAAGUCAUUAAAAAGCCAAUGGCUACUGUGUUAAUAUUGAUGGCAAUUAUUGGAAUGAUCUCAUAUAUGUCAAUCACUCCUUCAUCAUUGGGAAAUGUAUCUCCGGUGACACUUGAUAAAUAUUCUGAAAUUGCAGUACCUCCAACUCAAGAUUCAUUUAACUCACAAGAAAAAUCAGAUGAAGAUGUGGUGAGAAGACCAAAAUCAGGUGAAAAGGAAAAGGACGUGGGAGGUGCCAUCCCAGGUGACGAGACUGGAUCUGGAGCAUCUCCUGUUGAGGCUUCUGGAGACCUCACUGAAACUGCAUUCAUGCCUAAAAUGGCUAAUGAGACACUCAAGGCUGAACUUGGAAAUGCUUCUUGGAGACUUUUCCAUACUAUAUUGGCUAGAUAUCCAGAUGCUCCAUCCAAGCAAGAACAAUCGACAUUGUUCAAUUAUAUUCAUCUUUUUGCUCAAGUCUAUCCAUGUGGGGAUUGUGCUAGACAUUUCCAAAAACUUCUUGCCAAAUAUCCUCCACAGAUCAAAUCACGUAAAUCUGCUGCUAUUUGGGGUUGUGAUAUUCAUAAUAAGGUUAAUGGUAGAUUGGAUAAACCAAUGUAUGACUGUACAAAGAUUCUUGAAGAUUAUGAUUGUGGUUGUGGUAGUGAUGAAAAGGAAGUUGAUUAUACCCUUGGACAACAAAGUAUGGACAGUUUAAGAAACGUUAAGGUUGAAAAAGAGGAAAAGCAAUUAGGUGGUUGAACAGGUAUAGAUUUGCAUACUUAUAUACUUACUACAAUCAAAGACAGU